UCAUACUAAAAUCCAACAUGGCGAAUUCUGAACCCUGUCAUACAUCGUGGUAGCUGCUGCCGUCGUACGGCAUUUUCCCCAUUUUCUCUGGUUAAAAAACGGAAAAACGAUCGAAAAACUGCACAUCCGGUCGUGGAAAAUCUCAGAGCGAUACGCGAAAGCGUUUAGCUUGCCGUGGCAGUGUUGGGUGGGCUGUACAGGCAGCAUUUGCAGCGCCUUCCCGUUCCUCUGGCCGAACGCGGGACUUGAUGCAUCAUCGCUGUCGGCAUCGAUUUCGUGGUUGCUAAUUUUCGAGCCGCAGGUUUGCGUGUUGUAGCGGUCCUUGAACCCUCCGGCGUCAGCUGCACCCGCUGGCCAGCUGAGCCGUGCAGUCGGGAACAUCGGAGCACUCCGUUCCGGGCAGGCCGUGUUUUUGCGUUGUGUCAAUAGUAUCAGUAGGAGACGGGGGAGAGGAUUUUUUUUGCGGUGCCGCAAGAGGGGAAGCAGGUUAACUUUCUUCUUCCUUGGUGUGGGACUCAGGCAAAGGCACCUGAGCCAGACGACGAUAAUAUCGGGUUUGGAUAAAACUAGUUGAGGCAGGAGCCAACUUCCCCCACAAAAGCGAUGGCUGAUUUCAUCGAUUCAGAAGCGGAGGAGAGUGAGGAUGAGGAGGAGUUGGAACCACAUGAGCGGAAAAGGCUGAAGAAGAAUAAGGCCGUAUCGGACAGCGAAGAUGAAGAGGAAGAUGAUGAGGACCGGCUGCGCGAAGAGCUGAAGGACCUGAUCGAUGACAACCCGAUCGAGGAGGAAAGCGACAAUGAUGAUUCCGACGAUGGUUCCGAGGGGGGUCACCAGAAGCGCAAAAAGAGCGACGACGAGCUGGACGAUCGGCUCGAGGACGAAGAUUACGAGCUGAUCGAGGAAAAUCUGGGCGUGAAGGUCGAGCGGAAACGGUUCAAGCGGUUGAAAAAGUUUACCAACGACGAUGGGAGCGAUGGCGAGUCGGGCGACGAGGGCAUGAUACGGGAAACGAUCGAGAACCGGCUGUUCGAUGCGGCAUCGGAAGAGGACGAAGAGCGCGCGUCCGACCACGAGGGCGGCCAGCGGGACACGAUGGCCAAUGUGCGCGAGCACUACGACGAGGAGGAGGACGAAGAGUCGGAUGCGGACGAUUUCAUCGUGGACGACGACGGGGUGCCGAUCAGCGAUAAGCGCAAGAAGCGAAGGCACAUCUUUACGGACGCGUCGCUGCAGGAGGGACAGGACAUAUUCGGCGUCGAUUUCGACUACGACGAGUUCGAGAAGUAUGACGACGAGUAUGAGGAGGGCUCGGAAGCGGAGGAUGAGUACGAGGAGGAGCAGCUCGACCAGGCGGACCGGCCGAGCGGCGAGCGGGGCAAGAAGUCGAAACCGGCGGCACGCAAGCGCAUGCUGAAAAAGUCUAUCUACGAAAUUUACGAACCGAGCGAGCUGAAGCGCGGCCAUUUCACCGACCUGGACAACGAGAUCCGCAAGAUCGACAUACCGGAGCGGAUGCAGCUGCGCGACAUACCCGUGACGGCCGUGCCGGAAGGCUCGAACGAGCUGGAGGAGGAAGCGGAGUGGAUCUACCAGCAGGCGUUCUGCAAGCCGCACGUGUCCGACCAGGGCGCGAUGACGCGCAAGCCUCCCUCGAACGUGCCGAAGAUCAAGCACGCGCUCGACUUCAUGCGCAACCAGCACCUGGAGGUGCCGUUCAUCGCGUUCUACCGCAAGGAGUACGUGCAGCCGGAUCUGAACAUUAACGAUCUGUGGAAGAUUUACAAGUUCGACUCGAUGUGGUGCCAGCUGCUGGGGCGCAAAACGUCUCUCCAGCGGCUGUACGAGAACAUGCGCAACUACCAGCUGGACAAGCUGAUGGAGAACCCGGACGCGCCGAUCCCGGAGGACAUGCGGGUGAUCCGGGACGAGGAUCUGUCCCGCCUGCGCUCGGUGCAGUCGCACGAGGAGCUGAAGGAUGUGCAUCUGCACUUCUUGCUGUACUACGCGCACGACAUCGCACCGAUGCGGUUGCGCACGAGGGAAAAGUCGGGGCAGCAGCAGCAGCAGUCGACGCAGCGGGUGCAGAAGAAAGCACGCGCACCCAAAAAGAAGAACCCGGAGGACGGCGAAGGAGCCGGGGAGGACGGUGCGGAGGGUGAAGAGAAUGGUGACGAGGACAAGGAGGAGGACGCGGAGGAAGAGGACGAAGAGGAGGAGAAGCAGGAGGAGGAGACGGUGGGCGGGAGCGGCGGCGGUAAGGCGGUGGACGACGCGGGCAAGGAGCGCGUGCGGCUUAACAUCGACGUCGGGCCGUACGAGAUUUGCCGCAAGCGCGGGCUGACCGGGCUGACGAAACGGUUCGGCCUGACGCCGGAACAGUUUGCGGAGAACGUGCGCGACAGCUACCAGCGGCACGAGGUCGAGCAGGAAACGAAGGAACCGCUCGAGGUGGCCAAAGAGUACAUGGGCACGACGUUCGAGUCGCCGGAGGAGGUGCUGCAGGGUGGCGUGUUUAUGGUGGCGCGGCAGCUGGCCCGCGAACCGCUGUUCCGCAAGUGCAUCCGCGAGCUGUACUUCGAGCGCGCCAAGCUGAACGUGCGCCCGACCAAGAAGGGCAUGAAGGAGAUCGACGAAACGCACCACUGCUACGCGAUGAAGUAUCUGAAGGAGAAGCCAGUGCGCGAUCUGACCGGCGACCAGUACCUCAAGCUGUACAUCGCCCAGGAGGACAAGCUGCUGACGAUGGAGUUUGUCGACCGGAUCGAGGGCAACACGUCGGGCGAUUUUCUCGAGGAGCUGAAGGCGCUCUACCACCGGGACGAGUUCGCGAAAAACGUGCAGGAGUGGAACAAGGUGCGAGCGGAGUGUGUGGUGCUGGCAGUGAACCGCAUGGUCAUACCGGAUCUCAAGCGCGAGCUGCACAACACGCUGCUGACCGAGGCGAAGGAUGCGGUGCUGCGCGUCUGCUGCCGCAAGCUGUACAACUGGAUCAAGGUGGCACCGUACAAACCGCCCGUGCCGGACUUUGACGAUUACGAGUGGGAGACGACGCGGGGCGUGCGCGUGAUGGGUGUCGCCUACGUGCCCGACUACACGCAGUCCGCGUUCGGUGCGAUCAUCGCGCCCGACGGCGAGGUGACGGACUAUCUGCGCAUACCGCACCUGCUGAAGAAGAAGAACGCGUACCGCGAGUCGGAGAAGCAGUGCAAGGAGUCGGACCUGCGCACGAUCACCAACUUCAUCCGCAGCAAGAAACCGCACGUGAUCGUGAUCGGGGGCGAGUCGAAGGACGCGCUGAUGGUGCAGCAGGACUUUGUCGAGUGCGUGAAGCGGCUGCAGGAGGAGGAACAGUUCCCGCAGAUAGCGGUCGAGAUCGCGGACAACGAGCUGGCGAAGGUGUACGCCAACUCGGUCAAGGGUACGACCGACUUUAAGGAGUACCCGCCGCUGCUCCGGCAGGCCAUCUCGCUCGCGCGCCGCAUCCAGGACCCGCUGGUCGAGUUUUCCCAGCUGUGCAACUCGGACGAGGAAAUCCUGUGCCUGCGCUACCACACGCUGCAGGAGCAGCUCACCAAGGAGGAGCUGCUGGAAAACAUUCAGCUCGAGUUCAUCAACCGCACGAACGAGGUGGGCGUGGACGUGAACCUGGCGGUGCAGAACCCGCUGACCGCGAACCUGGUACAGUUCAUCUGUGGGCUGGGACCGCGCAAGGGCCAGACGCUGCUGAAGGUGCUGAAGCAGACGAACUCGCGGCUGGAGAACCGCACCCAGCUCGUCACCACCUGCCACAUGGGCCCGAAGGUGUUCAUCAACUGUUCCGGGUUCAUCAAGAUCGACACGAACUCGCUCGGCGACAGCACGGAAACGUACGUGGAGGUGCUGGACGGGUCCCGCGUCCAUCCGGAAACGUACGAGUGGGCCCGCAAGAUGGCGGUCGACGCGCUGGAGUACGACGACGAGGAGGCCAAUCCGGCCGGUGCGCUGGAAGAGAUUCUGGAGGCGCCCGAGCGGCUGAAGGAUCUCGAUCUGGACGCGUUCGCGAUCGAGCUAGACCGGCAGGGUUUCGGCAACAAGAGCAUCACGCUGUACGACAUCCGGGCGGAGCUGAACUCGCGCUACAAGGAUCUGCGCACGCCGUUCCGCUCAGUGACGGCGGAGGAGCUGUUCGACUACCUCACGAAGGAGACGCCCGAGUCGCUGUUCGUCGGCAAGAUGAUGCUGGCCACGGUGAGCGGCUUCACCUACCGCAAGCCGCAGGGCGAGCAGCUCGACCAGGCGAACCCGGUGCGCAACGACGAGACCGGCUUCUGGCAGUGCCCGUUCUGCAUGAAGACGGAGUUCCCCGAGCUGUCCGAGGUGUGGAAUCACUUCGAUGCGGGCGAGUGUCCGGGCCAGGCGACCGGGGUGCGGGUCCGGUUCGACAAUGGGCUGAACGGGUUCAUCCACAUCAAGAACCUGUCCGACAAGCACGUGAAGAACCCGGAGGAGCGCGUACAGAUCGGGCAGACGGUGCACGUGCGCGUCACCAAAAUCGACAUCGAGCGGUUCUCGCUCGAGUGCUCGUCGAAGAGUUCGGACCUGUGCGAUCGGAAGCAGGAGUGGCGCCCGCGCAAGGAUCCGUGCUACGACCAGGAGCUGGAGGAGGCGGACACGCGCAAGGAGGCCGACUCGAAGAAGCAGCAGGCGCGCCAGCAGUACGUGAAGCGCGUGAUCGUGCAUCCGUCCUUCCACAACAUCUCGUACGCGGAAGCGCUGAAGCUGCUGGAAGGGUACGACCAGGGCGACGUGAUCGUGCGGCCGUCGAGCAAGGGCUCGGACCAUCUGACCGCGACGUGGAAGGUAACGGACGGCAUCUACCAGCACAUCGACGUGCGCGAGGAGGGCAAGGAGAACGUGUUCAGCCUCGGCCAGUCGCUGUGGAUCGGCAACGAUGAGUUCGAGGAUCUGGACGAAAUUAUCGCGCGGCACAUCACGCCGAUGGCGACGUACGUGCGCGAUCUGCUCAACUACAAGUACUACCGGGACACGGACGGUGGCUCGAAGGAGAAGGCGGAGGAGAUCAUCAAGGCGGAGAAGCAGAAAAACCCCAACAAGAUCCACUACAUCGUGUCGGUGUCAAAGACGUACCCGGGCCGGUUUCUGCUCUCCUACCUGCCGCGCAACAAGUUCCGUCACGAGUACGUGACGGUGACGCCGGACGGGUACCGGUUUCGGCACCAGACGUUCGACUCGGUCAACUCGCUGCUCAAGUGGUUCAAGGAGCACUUCCGCGAUCCGAUCCCGAUCGAUACGCCCAAGAGCACGCCGAAGGUUGGCGGCAUGUCGUCGCGCACACCGUACGGCAGUACGCCCCAAAUUAGCGAUAUUAAUAGUGAAACUAUCGAGUCGGUGGCAAAGAAUAUGCCGACGCAUAUGCUGAAUUCCUUGUCGGCAGCGGCUCACCACACGCCGCACUAUUCCUACACGCCGCUGGAGUAUGGUUCCAGCAAUUUUGUGACUACGCCCUACACACCGAGCGGACAGACGCCGUACAUGACGCCGUACCAGCAAACGCCUCACUUCUCCCAAACACCCCGGUACGGUACCUCGACCCCGUCCCAGUACUCCAACAAAUCCGCCUACACCGGCAUUCCGACCGGCCAUCCGCCACCGUCCGCCAGCCAUCACGGCUACAAGUCGACGUCGGCGGCCCGCGGCAUGGGCGGCGUGAGCAGUGCGGCCAGCAGCAGCAGCAGCAGCCUGAUGAUGAUGCAGCAGCCCUCGCCGUACUCGAACAGCAGCGACCAUCACUACCGCACGCAGCAGCCCCCGAUGCACCACCAUGCGCGGAACAACGAGUACGACAGCUGGUCGAAGGCGACCGACUCGUGGAGCAAUCGUGGCAACAGCAGCAACAUGAUGAAGGGACACCAUGGCGCAUCGGAACGAAGCUCUGGGGGAUCGUACCAUCAUCAUCAUCACAGUGGUGGUGGUGGUGUCGGCCGGUCUAGCGAUUCCGUGACUUCGUCCAGUUCGCACGACCACCGCAUGACGCCGCGAUCCUCGUCCAAGUAUUCGGCCACCCGGUCCCCGAUGCCACCACCAGCGCAACCCCCGCCCCAGCCAACGCAAGCUCAACCGGCCCAACAGGCGGCGGCGGCGGCGGCGUCUUCCGCUGCCUCGCUAACGCUGGGCGACGCGACACCACUGUGGGACGAAUAAUUCGGAGGUUAGCUUUCUUGCAGCUGCACCAGCUCUGGUCAAUAACAAUCGUGAAUCGCAAUCAAACAAAUCGCUUAUGUGUGCGUGACAGAGGGACACGAUCGCGAAUGGCUCGGUUUUGAAAGGGAAGCUUUUAACAUAAGUCAACCUCCCCACGCCUUCCUUACUCUCCAAGAUGGAACUAUUUAAGCAAGCAGGAAAAAAUGAAUUUAAACAUGCUCAUCCCCCCCUCCAUCGCUCUGUUACCUUCCUCUUCCCUUUUUGCGUCUGUUAGGACAAGGACUUUGAACCCGUUCGGGGCCCCAUAGCAGCAAGAAGAUACCGGAAGUAUGCGCUCAAAUACGCAGCCGCUCAUCAAGGACACAACCCGCGUCAGUAGUCGAGCACACUGUAAAUCUCGGAUUGUGUGUCUGCCUUAAGCGCUGCUCAACGCAGCUGCCACAGUCGGCUUGGCCUCUGCGGCUGUUGGCUCUGGAAGGAGAGGGGUGUAACAAUACAAACCAACACUUACCAACAGCUCUCCCUGGCAAUGGAACACAGCUAAAUGGAAGGAAGAGUCCGUUAGUUAGGGUUAAUUGAUUGAAAUUUAACGCUCCUUUUACUGCAAAUCAUUUCCCUCAGAUCGAUCCCUAAUGCGAUCGGUAGCGAUCUACACUCAUCAAAACCUUUUUUUUAAUUUAGAUCCCUUUUUUCGCCCGAUUCUGAUGAACGGUGACUCUCGCGUGUAUUGUGUAGGAAUAAGAGUAAAAAAAGAUCCCUUUUUUCUAGCGUUAAGCGUCCUUAUAAUACUAAAAAUAUAGACAUUUUUUUAAACAGUA